AAAGGUGACGCUGAGCUGCCUGGCGUGCAAGGCCCCGCUGCCCUCGGGUGCCAAGGACAGCCUCUGCUCGCACUGCAAGCCGCAGGAAGCCGAGAUCUACUCCCGCACCCUGGACACUGUAUCGGAGCUGGAGUGCCAGUACGGCUACCUGUGGACCGCCUGCCAGCGCUGCCAGGGCUCGCUGACGCAGGACGUGCUGUGCACCUCGCGUGACUGCCCCAUCUUCUACCGCCGCAAGAAGGUGCAGAAGGACCUCAAUGAAGCGAUGGCGCAGCUGGAGAGGUUCGGGGCGGAUGGGGACGCGAGUUGGUAGAGGGGGC